GAAGAAAACCAAUCUUAAUCACAAAUUCACAUCCCACUUCUGCCCGCAGUCCCGCGAUGGCAUCCCCGCGGCUGGAGACGUUCUGCUGCCCGGACCGGGACGCCGCCACGGACCUGGUCGUCUCCUUCGAGCCGGUGCUGUUCGGCGCGCUGAGCCUGGCCAGCGCCAGCCUGAGUUUCUUCUUCUCCGUUCUGCAGAUUCUACCCAAACGCAAAGGCUACCGCCGACUGGGCCAGUACCCUCUCCCCAAGCCCGCGUCCUCCACCCGCAUUCUGCUGAUCGUCAGCGUGUGCGACAUACUGGGAUGCACAGGUAUCAUCAUGAGGUCGUCCGUCUGGCUGGGCAUGCCAAACAUCGUGGAGCAGAUCUCCGUGGCCAACAGCAGCAGCAUAUGGCCAGAGGUCUUCUGUGUCGGGAGUGCGAUGUGGAUCCAGCUGUUCUUCAGCGCCUCUUUCUGGUGGACCUUCUGCUACGCCGUCGACGUCUUCCUGGUGGUGAAAACAUCUGCAGGGAUCAGCACCAUCAUCCUCUACCACAUGAUCACGUGGGGUCUGGCCGUGCUGCUGUGUGUUGAGGGCGUGGCCAUGCUCUACUACCCCUCCAUCUCCGACUGUGAGGCAGGCCUGCAGCACGCCAUGCCUCAUUACAUCACCACGUACGCCCCCAUGCUGCUCGUCCUCAUCGCCAACCCCGUUUUCUUCAUUCGUACCACAUCUGCAGUCACAUCUUUACUAAAAGGACGGCAAGGAAUCUACACGGAGAACGAGAGACGCCUGGCCACCGAGAUCAAAAUCCGCUUUUUUAAAAUAAUGCUAGUCUUCUUCAUUUGCUGGGUACCCAACAUCAUCAACGAGUGCCUCCUGUUCUUCCUGGAGAUGCAGGCGGACAUUGGAGACAGCGGCCUGAGGAACAUUAGAAAUGCAGCCCUCAUCACGUGGUUUAUCAUGGGGAUCCUGAACCCCAUGCAGGGGUUCCUCAACACCCUGGCCUUUCACGGCUGGACGGGUUUCGCCGUGGACUUCAGCCUGCAGCGGAGGAGGGAGCUGACCUGGGACUCAGUUUCCACCUCGGUGCCCAAUACGGGGGGCCACAACCCUAUGGUGGGCACCGCCAUGCUCUACCAAAGUCACGUCCAGGAAGCGAAGAAGAACGUGACGGGCAACGGGCAGCCCUCGGACGCCAUCAGUGUCCUUUCAGAAGGUUCAGAGUCUAGUACAAUUGAAAUCCACAUUUCCACCGAGCCACGAGACUAUGAGGAUGUAGAUGCUGAUGGAGAAUCCAUGGAGAACUCUCCAGAUGACAGCGGCGCCGCUGGCCGGGAGGGGUCACGGCACCUCCUCAGUGGAAACCUCUCAAUACACGAGAGUGCCGAGGGAGCCGAGUUUUAA